UUUAUAUUCCUCUCUUCCCCUCACUUACGACAUCUACAUACAAAUCAACUAUCUAACGCCACACAACCCCCGCAACAAUGCAGGCUGCACAGCAGUCCUGGGAGCUAGAAAACGCAAUCAGCGUCUUCGACCCACAACGCGAUGCCCUCUACCAAUAUGACGAAGAAACGCAAAAGACCCUGAACGCAGAACGACCAUGGGCCUCAGACCCAUACUAUUUCAAAUCCGUACGCAUCUCCGCCACGGCGCUAUUGAAAAUGGUGAUGCAUGCCCGCUCGGGCGGGUCUCUAGAGGUGAUGGGUCUGAUGCAAGGGUACAUCCUGCCGAACACAUUCGUGGUGACAGACGCAUUCCGGCUACCGGUCGAAGGCACAGAAACGCGCGUGAACGCACAGGACGAAGCGUACGAGUAUAUGGUGUCGUAUCUUCAGUCGUGCCGGGAUGCGGGGCGGAAGGAUAACGCUGUUGGAUGGUAUCACAGUCAUCCAGGGUAUGGAUGCUGGCUUUCGGGUAUUGAUGUUGCGACGCAGCAAACGCAGCAGAUGACCGGGCCCUUUGUGGCUGUUGUCAUUGAUCCGGAGCGCACAAUCUCCGCUGGUCGUGUUGAGAUCGGUGCUUUCCGUACUUUCCCGCAGGAUUAUACCCCGCCCAAGGAGGCUCAUGAAGAUGAUGAGUAUCAGACUAUUCCGCUGGGCAAGGCGGAGGACUUUGGUGCACAUGCGAAUCAGUACUAUUCGCUCGAGACGACGCAUUUCAAGAGCACCCUCGACUCUGAACUUUUGUCCCUUCUCUGGAACAAGUAUUGGGUUGCUACGCUCAGCCAGAGUCCACUGUUUACUUCUCGCGACUAUAGCAGCAAGCAGAUGAUGGAUCUCAGCCAGAAGGUGCGCAAGGCAGCACGGGGGAUCGAAAACAGUGGUCCGGGGGGCGGAUCGGCUACGGUCAAGGAUCAGCAGUUGGAUAAAGUUGUGCGUGGAGGACAGCGCAUCGUGUUGGAAGAAGUCAAGGGCCUCGUCGCGUCCGAGGUGAAGAUGAAACUCUUCCAGGGUAUCGGGGAUCAGUCUACUUCAUCAACUUAA